AUGAAAACUUCUCUUAUUGCCCAAUUGCAGAUCCGUGAAGAUGGAGCAGAAACCGACUCUUCGGUACUAACAACGAGGCGAUCGCUUCCUAAAAGUCCAACCACUUUCAGAACUUUCCGACCGAGCUCUGGCAAGAUCACCGUGGACAGACGAAGCGUAACACAUUCACGACUAUCUCAAGUACAAGAGCAUCGAGCAGCCGGUAUUUCAGCUUGCGAUAUAGAACAGUUGUCUUGGAAUAAUUUACGAAAUUUGGACCGAGUGGAUGAACGCAUUCAACAGGAGUUUUUCGCUUUUCAAUCGACUACAGAUGAAAAUGAUGCACCUAGUUUCUCUGGCACAGAAGCCUUACGAAAACGUAAAUGGUCUGAAUCACCAGCCAGAAAAAAUCAAGAUACAUCUGUGGAAGGAAUCAGCCGACCAGAUACACCGGGAGAAGAGAAAGAUUCGACGGCCCUUGAGUGUGUGGAUGAAACGGCCAAUCUGAUCUCCGCAUUGGAUAGCAUGCAAAAGUCCCGAAUGGAUUUGCUCACAAUUGGUCGUGCCACAUGGCCAUCGCGAAGCACGCGUGUGGACAUUGAAGCCGGAUUUCUCUAUUUUCCGAGCACGGAUGAAGGUAAGCUGAUCGAGCAAAUGAUUGCAAUCAGUCAAUUCGACUGA